AUAUGUACAUCCAACAGUUGAUCGCGAAGCGGAGCAGCCAACGGACGUGUCCAGCUGCGAUCUCCAGAAGGCAACCAAUCUAAUCGAAGAACACGAAAUGAAUCUAUCAAUUCCGGUGCUAUUUGUGGCCCUCAUCUGUCUGGGAGCUGCGUCGGCGUUUCCCCAACUAAGGCAGCGCAACGAGAAGCAGGUCCAAACCGACGAUGAUGAUUUGCCUUCCAAGGGCGCCACAAUCGAGGAAGUAGUGGUGGAAUCAGCCUUGUACAUCAAACCCAAGUCUAACCCACAGGUGCGUCGCGUCCGUUCGGUCCUGGAUCCUGGAUCCGGAAUCCAGGCCACUCAUAAGAGGGUAAAGCGUCAGUUUGGACGACAAUUUGGUGGUCAGUAUGCUGGAAAUCCCGGAUUCGGCGGCGGAUUCGGUGGAGAGUCGGGUUUUGGAGGUGGAUUCGGCGGUAAUCAAGGAUUUGGAGGCAACCAGGGAUUCGGAGGCAACCAGGGAUUCGGAGGCAACCAGGGAUUCGGCGGUAAUGAGGGAUUCGGCGGUAAUCCAGGAUACGGAGGAAAUCCAGGAUUCGGCGGUAAUCAAGGUGGAAAAGUUCAGGCGGGCACAUCGGCCGGCGCUGGGGGAACCAAAGCGGGUGUUGAUGUUGGUGCCGGACCAGAUGGCGGCAAUGCCAAUGCCAACGUCGAGUUAAAUCCGCUCGGACCACUCGGACCCAGUGGUUACAAUCAGGAGCAGGCCGCAUCCAACGGAGCUGCCCACAGCAACUACAACAAUGGACUCAACUCUGGAUCCUCGGCCGCCAGUGGGCAGGCUCAGGGCUUCCAGUCGCAGAGUGCCAAUGGAUCAUUCGGUGCCUCCUCCGCUAGCACGGCCACUCAGUCCCAGAACACCAGCCCCUUUGGAUCCAAUAAUGCGGCAGGUGCUUCGCUGAGUCAGGUGUACCAUCUUCCCAAUGGACAGACAAUCAACUUUAGCUCCACGAACAGCUUCGCUAAUGGAGGAGCCAAUCGUGGCAGUAGCCAUGGGUCGGCAGUUUCUGUCAGCCGCUAAAAGCAAAGUCCACCAUACAGGGAAAAUACCUCCAAGUUAAUCUAUUUGUCAGCAAUCCUAUGUGCACAUAAAAACCCAAAUAAAUAUUUAUGAUUGAAUUGAA